GAUUGUUUUAAAUGAAACUAUAUAUAUACAGUUUAUAGUUUAGCACACACGUUACUAAAUUGGCGGGAUGCGGAAAUCUUUUUGCAAUUAUGAAUUUCAGGCUAUUCAAGGGGAAUAGACAAUGGUGGACAAUUGGGUAAAAGUUUUACAAGAAUGAUGUCCCCUUUGCUGCACAAAGAUGAUUUGCGUUGGGUUCACAGUGGCUUAGAUUUGUAGAUUUGAGUUUCGACAUUGAUUUUUAUCCCACGUUCUGUCAUGAUCAGCUGUUUUUUCCUGACCGAGAAGCUUUUCCACUUCUUUUGCUCCACCAUGGUCAUUUUCUUACUACAACUUAAUUUUUAGAACGUAUGCAAGUGUUGUGAAGUGUGUAAUCUCUGUUGAAGUGGAAAUACGUUGACACUGGUUGUGACAAUACCAGAUAUGUGCCUUUAAGGGACCGCAGACUCCCCACAUCCAACUGAAGUAUGCUGGGUGGAAUCAGAUCUACUUCUGAACACUUCUGUGAGAUGCCUCUGAGAUCCUCAGCAUAAAAGAAUUGAAUGGGAAAAAGCUCUAUUAUAUUCACUAUGAAGACUACAAUAAACGUUUGGAUGAGUGGGUCCCAGUGGAGAGGAUGGACCUGUCCAAACUUGAGCAGCCCAAGAAGGACGUUAAGACACCAGUGAAAAAAGCAGAGGGUGUGUCUGCUGGGACAGGCUCUGUGGCUGGAGCUACUACCACAGGACCUCCCCCCGCUGGUCCACCGAGGGUUGUCAAUGGGGGGUCACGACCUCCGAGUCCCGAGAGAGAGCCAGUGUAUGAAAAUGGUUCCAUGCAAAGUCUUGGUUUGAGCAAUUCAGGAGCCAUGAAAGUUCACAUUGGAGGUGGAGGUGGAUUCAACAGGAAGCGGAAAUUAGAUGAAGAUACGGACUCGCAAGAUGCUCCGUCCACUCCACGACAAACUGGAAGCAUGGUGGCUCAUCAUGAUGACAUCAUCACCAGAAUGAAAAAUAUCAACCUCAUUGAAUUUGGGAAAUGGAGGAUCAAACCUUGGUAUUUUUCUCCGUAUCCUCAGGAGUUAACGUCCCUCCCUAUUAUGUAUAUAUGUGAAUACUGCCUCAAAUACCUCAAAAGUGGAAAGUGUCUAGAAAGGCAUCUGGCCAAAUGCUUGUACAAACAUCCACCUGGUAAUGAGCUGUACAGAAGCGACAAAAUUUCAGUUUUUGAGAUUGAUGGCAGGAAAAAUAAGCAAUAUGCUCAACACCUGUGCCUUUUAGCAAAGUUGUUCCUAGACCACAAGACAUUAUACUUCGACACAGACCCAUUUCUCUUCUACUGUAUGUGCGAACAGGACAACAGAGGCUACCAUUUAGUGGGCUUCUUCUCCAAGGAAAAGGAGUCUGCUGAGGAUUUCAAUGUGGCUUGCAUCCUGACACUACCUCCUUACCAGAGGAAGGGAUAUGGGAAACUUCUCAUAGAAUUCAGUUACGAGUUAUCCAAAGUGGAAUGUAAGACUGGGUCUCCAGAGAAACCGUUGUCAGACCUUGGUUUAUUGUCCUAUCGCAGCUACUGGUCACAGACCAUUUUAGAAAUUCUCCUGGAGAUGAAACCAAAUGAAUCAGGAGAAAGACCUUGCAUCACAAUCAAUGAAAUAUCGGAGCUCACGAGUAUCAAGAAAGACGACGUGAUCUCUACCCUGCAGCACCUCAAUCUCAUCAACUACUACAAAGGUCAAUAUAUCAUCACACUAUCGGAGGAGCAAAUUCAGACACAGGAGCGAGCCAUGGCCAAGCGGCCCAUCCGCAUAGACCCCAAGUGUCUUCACUGGCAGCCCAAGGACUGGAGUAAACGAGGGAAGUGGUAGUUAUGCAGGCUACUUUGUGGCAAGGUACUGAAUGGAGUGGCAAGGGGAGAAUACAAGCAUAUCUGUGGUAUCUGAAUUAUUUCAUGUUUUAUGCAUGUUUAUGUAAGAACAUGUUGCUUAGUAGCUGUAAGUUGUAGAGGCCUCAUUUUUGGCUAUGACUGUAUUAAUAUGUGUUGUCAAGUUUGUGUGGAAAAUCUGCAUGGUCUCCUUCAGUCUACCGCAUAUGUAGUACAAGAAUUGACAUUUAUCUUUCUCAUUGUUAAGUUAAGUCUAUUGUACUGAGUUAUACAUGGGGGGGGGGAGGUCAGAUGAUACUCCAAUGUGAAAUGCUUUUUUAUUCCUAGGUAAUUGAAGAACUUUGGGCACAAAGUAAUUUAGUGACUAAGAUAGCUCCUAACCAUUAUUUCACAUGAAGCUGGCAAAGGGUUGAGCUGUGUGUGCUUAGUUAGAGGUGACUGUGGUUUCAGAUUUGUCCUCAGAGUAAACCGUAUUCUCAUCUAGCCCUAUACAACACUGGCGAUAAAUGUUUUGUCAACGCUUAGUAAAAAUGGCGUAUUACAGCAAACCUACUCCCCCCGGGGCAGUGCCACUGACUGAAGUGUCUUUAGGCCAUUCCCAAAGGGGGACAUUUCUUGUUCAAGCAUA